AUGUGUUUAAAAUAUUUUCUUGUCUUAUUUUUAACUGGAACUUGUAUCAGAUUAUCUUAUAGUGUAAGUUUUCAAAACGUUAUACAAUCUAAACACCGAAUAGCAUUUGGAGACCAGUUAUCAGUACAAAAGGAUGAUUUGAGAUCUAAUAAAAUAUUUGAGGACUUUUUAAGAAACCUCUUGACUUUAUUAUCUACUGGUUUCCCAAAGAAAAAGUUGUCAAAUUAUUGUAGGCUUCUGAAAAAUGAAGUUGAUGCGUUGGGCUUUAAAUUUACAAGGAAAUUAGCUAGACAUUUGAGAGAUUUAUCGAAAUUAGACCGAGAUGAAAUUCAAGAAGUGUUAGCGUCGUAUGUAGAAGAAAUGGACAAGCCAUUAGAUCAUAGAAGAAAAUUCUUGGACGCGAUGAAUAAGGUUUUUACAUUGCAACAUGAUGUGAUUUUUCGAGAUUACAUUUUCGAUGUAAGAGAUUACGGUAAUGAAGACAUCUUGUUCAUUCACGACGAAACUCAGAAAGUUUUGAAAACUAUCGUUAACAGUAUUAUGGAAAUAAGUAAGAAGGAUCGAAAUAAUUUAGAAUCAGAGAUGAAAAAAGCAAUUAAAGAAUAUAAUAAAUACUAA